AGCAUGGCCCCGGCGACUGCUGAAUGGCUAGGAACAUAAUUGCGGUCGCUAAUAGGACAAUUUGUUACAGGGAUCAUUUGACGAGCUAGGUUCGGUUGAAAAUCACAGGGCCUAAUCGUCCAUUCAAGUUUAACUAUGGACGGAGUCUAUGCAUUAUAAUCAAUCCUACCACCAGCUGAACGACAUGAAUAUAUCAUUUGGCCUCUUUCUCACUGCACAUCCGGGUCUGUGGAAACAAGCGAACUUUUCUCGGAGUCGCGUUCAUCUCAACGUCUGCACACGCGCCGCAUUCCGCUGUUCAAGGACAGUAGGAUGACUUAAUACUGGGAACUAGCAACGUUCACAAACUGUAUUGGGCUGUGGACCCACGUAAGGACUGACGCCAGACGGUGUCGCCUAUAGCUAGCUAGGUUGAAUGAAUAUAACCCGGGUGGCGCCACGUUUCUGCUACGGCCCCCUGUGCCGCAACGGUGAUCUAACUCAACCUCGGUGCCUGUUCAACGACAGUUCAGGUGAUAACAAAUAUUACAGCUACGACUCCAAAUAUCGGAAAUUUCCGUAUAACCGCGUGUUUUUCUAAAUAAUCUGUUACACUUGUUCCAUCGUCAGAGCGCCGAAGCGAAAAAUCAAUAAUUUUCUCAUUUUAUAUGCUGGAGGUCCACCAGGAGCUAGCUUUCAGAUUCUGCGAGCCUGUCUCACUGCUGGAAGAGCUUGUUACCAUCCACAGGUCGGUGUAGUGUUCUGGAAGCUUCCUGCGGUGCCGUUACUGGGGUACAAGCUACCCGUUCUCCCACCCCUGUGUCACCAAAGCCUCGAGUUUGGGCUGUGAAUGGGGAAUUUCGGCCAAUACAUCGAAACGAGUCAUGGAGGCAGCGAGAGACAAAAUGGCGGCUGAAUGACAGCAACGGUGUUCAGUGAACGGUGCAUGGGCUGUGAUCGCUCGUAUUGUGUAUUCGCUUGGCUAUAGACUUAUUCGGCGACAGAUCUGUGGCUCAAAGAUCCUGGGGCUGAAUGCAAGGGAUCAUUUCCGGGUGGGGUCAUGAGGUCCGAACACACCCUGCCAAAGGUACUAAAUCGUGUCUUAGCGGGCUUCCGGUAGUGUUGGAUGAGGUGACGUCAUGGAUGAAGAGGGCGUCGAGGAAUACCGGACCUUCCGCCCCUUCACCCGGGACUCCCUCUUCAAUAUCGAGAGGCGGAUAGCGGAGGAACAUGCAGCGAAGGAGGCUCAUAAACUGAAGGAGGCUGGUGACUCGGAUGACUCUGAGGAUGAGAUAGAAGAACCAAGUCACCAUGAACCUGACCCCAAGCCGAACCCCAAGCUGGAGGCUGGGCGCAAGCUUCCUCCAUCCAUGGAGGAAGGGGCCAGCAAGUUCGUGGGGAGGCCCAUUGAGGACUUGGAUGAGUACUACCACAACCAGAAGACAUUUUGCGUUAUCGGGAGGGACAAGACUAUCUACCGGUUUAACGCUACAAAUGCGUUGUUCAUCCUCAGCCCCUUCAACCCAAUCAGGAGGGUCGCACUCUACAUUCUCGUCCAUCCUCUAUUUAGCGUUGUGGUGAUGUUGACAAUUAUAGUCAACUGUGUUUUCAUGACGAUGACAGAAGGCCCAGAAGAAUAUGUCGAACAAAUCUUCACUGGGAUCUAUACAUUUGAAGCUUCGACGAAGAUCUUGGCCCGAGGGAUCAUUUUAACCCCGUUUACGUAUCUCCGUGACCCCUGGAACUGGCUAGACUUUUUUGUUAUUUCUAUAGCAUACUUGACCAUGUGGAUAAAAGUUUUGGGCAAUCUAUCGGCCUUGAGGACCUUCAGGGUACUUCGAGCUCUAAAAACAGUAGCUGUUAUACCAGGAUUAAAAACCAUUGUGGGUGCCUUAUUGGAAGCGGUCCGGCGUUUGAGAGAUGUGAUGAUUUUGACGGUGUUCGUCUUGUCGAUUUUUGCUUUGGUCGGCAUGCAGUUGUAUUCGGGAGGACUGAGGCAGAAGUGCGUUAUGAACUGGACCAUAGAGCUUGGACCCAAUAUAACGGACGAGGAAUGGCUGGCAUUUGUCAAUGACACGGACCACUGGUGGAAAGAGGGUGACGAUUACAUCGUCUGCGGAAAUGGUAGCGGUGCCGGUGGAUGCAAGGAAAACUUCACGUGUUUACCCGACCUCGGCGACAACCCCAACUUCGGCUACACCAGCUUCGACAACUUUGGCUGGGCGUUGUUGUGUGCCUUCCGCCUCAUGACACAGGAUGCCUGGGAGAGUCUGUACAAGCUGGUUCUGAGAGCGGAAGGUUCUGCUCACGCAAUGUACUUUGUCCUCGUUAUAUUGCUCGGGUCUUUCUACCUGGUCAACCUCAUCCUCGCCAUCGUCGCCAUGUCGUAUGAUGAACAACAGAAGCAGGACGCUGCUGACGCCGCUGACGAGGCUGCCGAGAGAAUGGAAGAGGAAGAGAGACGGGAGAUUUUAUCCCAGAUGACCAAGAGUCCAUCCGAUGCGUCCUUCAAAAGUGACCAGUAUAAUUCGGACAAGGCGGAGGACAAGGAACGGGUCAGUUUAACGUCCGACCAAUCAGGCGGCAGUCAUCUCCAUCCGAACUCCAAGAAACGAGGCAGUGUUAGCCUCCCCGGCUCGCCGUUUGCGUAUCGUCGCAGCAGUAAGGGGAGUCAGUUCAGUUGGAAGAAAAAACCCAGCGGCCGGGCAACCGACCGGCAACCCCUUGUUUACCAGACAUUGGAAAGUCUUCCGCUUCCUUUUGCUGAUGAUUCCGCGGCAGUGACCCCAUCGUCAGAAGAUCUAUGCAAUUUUCCUUUUCACAAGAACGCUCCCAAUGGCAGGCGAUAUAGUUUCGCUUCACAAACACGGAGGCAUUGGCCGGACGCCAGACCUCCAUCAAGAAGAAGCAGUUUCGCUUCCAACGUUAGUCGGAACUCACGUACUAGUAGAUACUCCGUGCAUUCCCCGCUGGAUCCUUUAAAAAAAGAGAGCAAAAUGGAUACUUUGUUUAACUUUACCCGCAAAGGGAGUCAACGUGUCCCUGAUGUUGUGGUGGACAAGCCACGACUGGACAGAGAUAAUGACUCCGUCAGCAGCCUAGGGUCAGGAUGCGUGGGUGAUAAACAAAAGAUGUCUCCCACUAACACAUUCCUGUGUCCGUCGCCAACAGCUGCCAAUGUCGAUAUCAAAGAUGUGAUGGUUCUCAAAGAUCUCAUUGACCAUGCUUCUGGCCACAGAAGAAGUUUCAUGAGCGUUGUAAGCGUCCAACCAGAAGCAGUCCGCGACAAGCUGAUGAACUAUUUGUGCUUAUGGAACUGCUCGCCAAACUUCAAAAAACUGCAGUAUUUUGUGAGUCUGUUCAUUAUGGAUGCCUUCGUCGACCUGUUCAUUACAUUGUGUAUCGUAGUCAACACUGGCUUCAUGGCUUUGGACCACUGGGACAUGAACGAAGAAUUGAAGAGGGUGUCAGAAUUUGCCAACUUACUAUUCACGGGUAUAUUCGCGGCCGAGGCGUUCCUAAAGAUUUUGGCUCUAAGCCCCAUUAAUUACUUCAAGGACAACUGGAAUGUGUUUGACAGUUUCAUCGUGCUCCUGAGUUUAAUGGAGCUCAUGCUUGAGGCACUCCCAGGGUUGUCCGUGCUCCGAGCCUUCAGAUUGCUGAGAGUUUUCAAGCUUGCCAAAUCCUGGCCAACGCUGAACAUGCUGAUUGCAAUCGUGGGUCGGACCAUGGGAGCUUUGGGUAACUUGACCAUCGUCCUUGGCAUCGUCGUCUUCAUCUUCGCCGUCAUGGGGCAGCAACUGUUCAGGGAUUCGUAUCAGAGAUACAAUAACGACUCGGACAUUGGUGGUGGCAUGCCCAGAUGGAACUUCGAUGACUUCCUUCAUUCCUUCAUGAUAAUAUUCCGUGUGUUGUGCGGCGAGUGGAUUGAAUCCAUGUGGGGGUGUAUGAGAGUCGCCGGCUACUCCUGUGUGCCCUUCUUCCUCCUCACAAUGGUCAUCGGUAAUCUUGUGGUGUUGAACCUGUUUCUUGCUCUGUUGCUGAGCUCGUUUGGCGCCGAAAGUCUUCAAAGAUCAGAAGCAGACGACGAGCCAAACAAACUGGCCGAGGCUGUUGACAGGUUCAAGCGGUUCGGGGCCUGGGUGAAGGUCAAGAUCAUCGUCUGCCUGAAAGUGAAACUCCGGCGAAAGACGAAACGACCCGUGAUCGCCCUGUCGCCCAGUUCCUCCCGACCCGAGCUUAAUGGCAAGGAAGCUUUGGCAGAUGGCCAGACAGUAGUUGGUAAUGGCAAAGCCUAUGAACUUCAUCAAACUCAAGACACCGAAAGCCUUUCUCCUAACAAAACAGAUGCUGAAAAGGGUCUCGACCUACCUGACGGUGAGAAGGUAGGUGAGACAACUGCGUUGCUUCCACGAAGAUCAAGCGAGGGUUCUAUGAACAAAGACUCAAAGAGCAUGUUAGGUUCCGAGGCCAGUUCUAGCGCGAGUUCACUCUCCGAAAGCGAGAAGGAUAUCAAGGUCGAAGCCGACGGAGAGCCGGAAAUUAACGAAGUUGACAUUGUGUAUGUGAAGGAACCCGACGACUGUUUGUGUAAAGUGUGCACGCGGAAGUUUAAGUGUUUAACUACCAUCGAAGAAAGCAAGACUGGACAGCUUUGGUGGAAAUUCCGAUGCUUCAUGUUCCGGGUGACUGAGCACAAGUACUUUGAAACCUUUAUCAUCACAAUGAUUCUCGCCAGUAGUUCUGCCUUGGCCCUGGAAGACGAAUACCUUAGCGAAAGGCCGAUUUUGAAGGCAAUUCUUAUGUAUCUGGACAAAUGCUUCACUGCUAUCUUCAUCCUGGAGAUGUUGGUUAAAUGGGUGGCCUUCGGCUUCAAAACGUACUUCACGGACGCUUGGUGCUGGCUUGAUUUUAUCAUCGUAUCGCUGUCGAUCGUGCUGCUGGCGGCUGAGUCCUUUAACUUAGGUGACCUGGGAGCUAUCAAGGCGCUGAGGACCCUGAGGGCCCUUCGUCCCCUCCGAGCUGUGUCGCGGUGGGAGGGUAUGAGGGUUGUGGUGAAUGCUUUGAUUAAAGCUAUACCCUCCAUCUUCAACGUGCUACUGGUGUGCCUGGUGUUUUGGCUCAUUUUUGGUAUCAUGGGCGUACAGCUUUUUGCAGGCAAAUUCCAUAAGUGUGUGGAUGAGAAUAAUGAGAGACUGAAUAUCAGCAUCGUGGACCACCGGAACCAGUGCGAGUCUCAAAAUUAUACUUGGACCAACUCCAAGAUUAACUUUGACAAUGUCAUCAACGCCUAUCUUGCCCUUUUCCAAGUUGCUACCUACAAAGGUUGGAUCGACAUAAUGAAUGAUGCUAUAGACAGUAGACAGCCCAACCAGCAGCCAUUGUACGAAGACAAUCGCUAUAUGUACAUGUACUUCGUCCUCUUCAUCAUCUUCGGCUCCUUCUUUACCCUCAACCUCUUCAUCGGUGUCAUCAUCGACAACUUCAACCAGCAGAAGAAAAAGCAGGGGGGCUCGUUGGAAAUGUUCAUGACAGAUGAUCAGAAGAAAUACUACAUGGCCAUGAAGCGCAUGCAGUCUAAAUCGCCGCAAAAGUCCAUACCAAAACCAAAGCUGUGGAUAGCGGGUGUCAUCUUUGAAGUUACCACAAACCAGAUGUUUGACAUUGGUAUAAUGGUGGUGAUUUUGCUGAACAUGAUCACGAUGAUGAUAGAACACGAAGGAAUGAUUCCCGAAAUCGACGAGGCGCUGAAAUAUAUCAACAUCGUGUUUAUUGCAAUAUUCACAUUGGAGUGCGUGCUGAAAAUAAUAGGACUACGACAGUUCUACUUUAAGAUCCCAUGGAAUGUAUUUGACUUUGUUGUUGUGAUUUUAUCAAUUUUAGCUUUGUCGUUAGCGGGCUUCUUUGAGAACUUCUUCGUGUCCCCUACGUUACUUCGAGUUAUCCGAGUGUUCCGAGUGGGUCGAGUACUACGAUUGGUGAAAUCCGCUAAGGGCAUCCGAACUCUUCUGUUCUCGCUGGCCGUGUCACUUCCGGCGUUGUUCAACAUCGGGCUGCUGUUAGCGCUUGUCAUGUUUAUCUAUGCCAUAAUGGGCAUGAACUUCUUCAUGAAGGCCGAGGAGGAAUACGGUUUGGACGAUGCCUUCAAUUUCAAGACUUUUUUCCGGAGUUUUAUAUUGUUGUUUCAAAUGUGCACUUCUGCCGGGUGGGACGGUGUCCUGAAUGGCUUGAUCGCCCGAUGUAAGCCAAACGAAUCUUGCGCGGAGUACACGAUAGCUACAAUGUACCUAGUGACCUAUCUAGUGAUUAGUUUCCUGGUCGUGGUGAACAUGUACAUUGCUGUCAUAUUGGAGAACUUUAGCCAGGCCACUGAAGACGUACAGCAAGGCCUGACGCCGGAUGACUUCGAUAUGUAUUAUGAGAAAUGGGAGAAGUACGACCCCGACGCUACCCAAUACAUCCCGCUGGAUAUGCUUUCAGACUUUGUGGAUUUCCUGGAGGAGCCUUUACAGCUGCAGAAGCCGAAUCACUUUAUGCUAGUUAAGUUGGAUAUUCCAAUAUGCGAAGGAGACAUGUGUUUCUGCAGAGACAUAUUAGAUGCGUUGACGAAGAAUUUCCUCGGGACGACAGAAACACCGGAUAUCCCGCAGCAAACGGAAGCGGAAACAGAAUAUGUGGUGGUCAGCAGUACAUUAAAAAGACAAAAAGAGCAUUAUGCAGCUAAAAUAAUUCAAAAGGCAUACCGUACAUUCCGGAGGAAGAAACAUGGAAGCGAAGACGAAUACGAGGAUAAUGAUGAAGAUUGCGUUGAUAACGGGGACGCCGAAACUGUAGUGGUUGAAACCACCUCUAGUCAUGCUAGUGAUACAACGGAACAGCAAAAAACAGUGGAGCUCCAUGCUGACAGUGAUAUUGUGGCGUGACAAAGUGAGCAAACCUAAUAAUAACAAAGUCACAAGGGAGAGAACCGGGUAUUCAAGCCAAUCAGGAUGAUACUAAAUGCUGACCAAUCUUAUCUCGUGCAGUCACGUGCUAGCGUGUUGAUUGGCCAGUGGUUGUGGAGGUACUGGAGCUAGCAGUAAGCGGAAGGACCCCAGGCAGCAGAGUAUCAUGGUCCGUCGCCCACUUGCGCGCGCACCCCGGAUACUCAAUCCAAACAGAGGGUGGCAGGCGAACGGGCAAUUUAGUCGAAAGGUUUUCAGUGAUAUUAAUGAAACUUUCAUUGUAAUGUCUUUCCAUUUGCUAUUUCAAGGAUGCAAGUUUUGAAUUUUUGCGAAUUUUGUAAUGUUUGUCAUGCACACAUAUUUUUUUUACUGGGACCAUAAGCUCCGUAUUUGAGUGCAUGGGCUUCGCCUGGCUUAUAGUGACUGCACUCUCUCAGACGCAGCAUGUCUCAUUGCCAUCAGAUGUAGUAGAAGGUAGUACCGUGCUAGACCUCAUAACUGACGUCGGUUCUUAGAUCUCCUAUCCAACACCUAACCCGAACCGAUUACACCCCAUCCAACCCCCUCACGCCCAGAAUCCUAUUCACGGUGACUUUUGUCUCCAAGUUGACCUGUACUGCCCAAGCACCAACCAAAAGAGUAAUCUCAGACAUCUUUUGCCCAAACAGACUCUGGUACCGCGUGUCUUAUCCAAAAUGGUUACCCCUUUACAUCCGUUUUAAUUCCGUCAAAAUUCUGUCACGAAUCCUUCAUCUACAUCACUAAUAAGUAAUAUAUCCAAGAAUAUGGUAUUGCUUUAGAGGUGAAUAUUUUGCUAGUUGUUGGUAUGAAUUCUGUGAGUUUGUAUUACUUUUAACGACAGCCAUCAACUGGGUACUAGUCUCGGUCUGUAGUCACCGGAUUGAAUGCUAGCGUGCUGACUUUUUACACAAAAAGGGACUACGCUUACGGUCUCUCAAGUCUGGAUCUAAACAUCAUGUGUGAAACGACAACAUUGCCUCUCUAUACUAAGGAUUAUCGCUAACGUCAUCACUGGUAGAGACAGUUGG